AUGUUUCAUGAUGAUUCAUUGGAAAGAGUAAUGGAAAUGAGUAUUCAAUUAUUAUUAUCAUUAAGUAAUACUGAAUUACAUGAUCAUCCAAAAUUAGCAUUGUCGAAUAAUAUAAUUUCAUUAGAUUCUGGUAUCAGUGAAGUUUGUUGUGUAUGUUUAGAUUAUUUUUCAACUCACCUAUUUAAAAUUGUCCAACGUGAACAACGUUCAAAUCGUACAACUGAUGGUAAUAACUAUAAUAAUAAUUCAUUAUAUCUAAUUGAUGUAAGCAAUUCGAAUUUAGUGAAUGGAGACAAUCAUAAUAACAGUAAUGAUAAUAAUAAUAAUAAUAAUAAUACUAGUCAUUUAUUCGUACCACAUAUAGUAUUAGAUCAAGGUGGUGCAUCCAAUCAUGCUGUAUGGUCUACACGUACUACAUCAGCAACAUCAAAUCUAUUGAAUUUAUUAAUGCCAACAACAUCAAAUUCACAAAAUGUAGAAAUGAUUUCAGGUGUAAAUCUACUUCGACGUAUACUUAUUACAUUACUUAGUUCAGUAAUACAAGAAGAAUGUCGUUGUCAAUGGUCUAUGUCUAGACCAUUAUUACCUUUAAUUUUAUUAAAUCAACAAUACUAUACGGAAUUAAAAAAUCGUGUAAUUAAAGAACUACCAGAAGAAAAACAAGAGUCUGCAACCAAACUCUUUGAUAAAUUAAUGGAGGACGUUGAAUGUAACUUGACUGUUAAGAAUCGUGACACGUUCACACAAAAUUUAUCUACCUUCAAGCAUAGUUUGGGCGACUUCCUCAAAAAAACCAAUAUAAAACCUGACGAUACAUUUAGUCAAGCGGAAGGCAACAACUACGAAACAUAUGUUUGUUUAGGUAGUGCUAUAGCACAAGCAGGCGAACAGUUGCUGAAUGCAUAG